AUGGCCGCCGACGCCUGCCCCGUCGAUCACAAAAGCCGCGAGGCGUGGCUCGAGCAGGCCCGCGUCGCCGAAGCCUCCAAGGCCGCCGCCGCCGCCGCAUCUGCGAAGCAAUGCCCCGUCGACCACACCGCACAACCAUCCCCGUCCUCCUCGCCGUCCUGGAGCGCGCGCCUGACCUCCCUUCUCUGGUCGUCGUCGUCGUCGGCCACCGCCGCUCCUACGCCACCGCCCGCGCACACGACGAGGAGCCCCCUUGACACCGAGCGCGUCGUCUCGACGAUUCCGCGCGCCGCCGGCGACCCCUCCUCGCCGUGCCCCGUCGACCACGGGGCAUCCGCCAACCCGGCCAACAGCGAGCUGGAGUCGGGCGCCGACGCCGCCUCGGGGAACUGGGUGUACCCGUCGGAGAAGAUGUUUUUCGAGGCCAUGAAGCGCAAGGGCUACGACGCGCGCGUGGCCGACAUGAAGACGGUCGUGCCGAUCCACAACGCCGUCAACGAGCGCGCCUGGAAGGAGAUUAAGGAGUGGGAGGCGCCGUACCUGGCCAAGUCGGAAUGCGGCGGACCGAGGCUCGAAUCGUUUGCGAAUAAAAUGGACCGCAUGACGCCCACGGCGCGCAUCAACACAAUCCUCGGCUUCACCGCCCCGUUUGACCGCCACGACUGGGUCAUUGACCGCUGCGGCACGAGGGUCGACUACGUGAUUGACUUUUACGCCGGGCGCCCGGGCGGCGCGACGCCGGGCCCCAGCUUCUAUCUCGACGUGCGGCCGAAGCUGAAUACGUGGGAGGGGGUCAAGAUGCGCGCCAUGCGCUGGGUGCGUUUGGCCUGA